AUGGAUCAGUGUGAGGACAGAGAGGAGGGAGACCCUCCCCCUGAAACCAGUCUGUGUGGGGAACAUGACAGCCAGACCAAAGCUCAGAGAGUGCAGCAGGAGAGACCUGGACCUGGACCUGGACCUGACCCUGUACCUGAACCCAGCUGUGUGUCCAUGAAGAGUGACCGGUCUAAGGGUUUUCCUGAGAACUUUAAAGUUGGACAGCCUGGAUCUGGACCUGAACCCAUUGACCAGGAGAGCUCAGAGGGCCUCAGUGGUCAGUCUGACCCACAGCAACAAACAGAUCUGGACUCCAUAUUUAUGCUGCUGGAGGAGAACAUCGUCACGUUUGUUAAGAACGAGCUGAAGAAGAUCCAGAAGGUUCUGAGUCCAGAUUCCCCAGACUGCUUAGAGAGUCAAUGGGAGGGUGAGGGGGUUUUGGAGGAUGAGGAUGAGGGUGAGGAGCAGAGGAGGAGAAGCAGAGAGGAGUUUCUGACUAUCACAAUUAACUUCCUGAGAGGAAUGAAUCAGGAGGAGCUUGCUGACUGUCUAAAGAGCAGAACUUGUGCUCCAGUGUGCCGACGUAAUCUGAAGUCUAACCUGAAGAAGAAGUUCCAGUGUGUGUUUGAGGGGAUCACUAAAGCAGGAAACCCAACCCUUCUGAAUCAGAUCUACACAGACCUCUACAUCACAGAGGGAGGGACUGCAGAGGUCAAUGAUGAACAUGAGGUCAGACAGAUUGAAACAGCAUCCAGGAAACCAGACAGACCAGAAACAACAAUCAGACAAGAAGACAUCUUUAAAGCCUCACCUGGAAGAAAAGAACCAAUCAGAACAGUGCUGACAAAGGGAGUGGCUGGCAUUGGGAAAACAGUCUUAACACAGAAGUUCACUCUGGACUGGGCUGAAGACAAAACCAACCAGGACAUAAUGUUCACAUUUCCAUUUACUUUCAGAGAGCUGAAUGUGCUGAAAGACAAAAAGUUCAGCUUGGUGGAACUUGUUCAUAACUUCUUUCCUGAAACCAAAGAAGCAGGAAUCUGCAGGUUUGAAGAGUUCCACGUUGUGUUCAUCUUUGAUGGUCUGGAUGAGUGUCGACUUCCUCUGGACUUCCACAACACUGAGAUCCUGACUGAUGUCACAGAGUCCACCUCAGUGGAUGUGCUGCUGACAAACCUCAUCAGGGGGAAACUGCUUUCCUCUGCUCGCCUCUGGAUAACCACACGACCUGCAGCAGCCAAUCAGAUCCCCGCUGACUGUGUUGGCAUGGUGACAGAGGUCAGAGGGUUCACUGACCCACAGAAGGAGGAGUACUUCAGGAAGAGAUUCAUAGAUGAGGAGCAGGCCGGCAGAAUUAUCUCCCACAUCAAGACAUCACGAAGCCUCCACAUCAUGUGCCACAUCCCAGUCUUCUGCUGGAUCUCUGCUACAGUUCUGGAUCUGUUGAAAACCAGAGAGGGAGAAGAGCUGCCCAAGACCCUGACUGAGAUGUACAUCCACUUCCUGGUGGUUCAGUCCAAAGUGAAGAACAUCAAGUAUGAUGGAGGCGCUGAGACAGAUCCACAGUGGAGUCCAGAGAACAGAGAGAUGAUUGAGUCUCUGGGAAAACUGGCUUUUGAUCAGCUGCAGAAAGGAAACCUGAUCUUCUAUGACUCAGACCUGAUGGAGUGUGGCGUCGAUAUCAGAGCAGCCUCAGUGUACUCAGGAGUGUUCACACAGGUCUUUAGAGAGGAGAGAGGACUGUACCAGGACAGGGUGUUCUGCUUCGUCCAUCUGAGUGUUCAGGAGUUUCUGGCUGCUCUUCAUGUCCAUCUGACCUUCACCAAGUCUGGAGUCAAUCUGAUGACAGAAGAACAAUCAAGCUCCCGGUGGUCUGAAUUGUUCGGGGGCAAAUCAACCCGUCUCUACCAGAGUGCUGUGGACAAGGCCUUACAGAGUCCAAACGGACACCUAGACUUGUUCCUCCGCUUCCUCCUGGGUCUUUCUCUGCAGACCAAUCAGACUCUCCUCAGAGGCCUGCUGACACAGAAAGGAAAUAGCUCAAAUACAAAUCAGAAAACAGUCGAAUACAUCAAGAAGAAGAUCAGUGAGGAUCUUUCUCCAGAGAGAAGCAUCAACCUGUUCCACUGUCUGAAUGAACUGAAUGAUCGUUCUCUCGUGGAGGAGAUCCAACAGUCCCUGAGAUCAGGAAGUCUCUCCACAGAUAAGCUGUCUCCUGCUCAGUGGUCAGCUCUUGUCUUCAUCUUACUGUCAUCAGAAACAGAUCUGGACGUGUUUGACCUAAAGAAAUACUCUGCUUCAGAGGAAGCUCUUCUGAGGCUGCUGCCAGUGGUCAAAGCCUCCAACAAAGCUCUGCUGAGUGGAUGUAACCUCUCAGAGAGAAGCUUUGAAGCUCUGUCCUCAGUCCUCAGCUCCCAGUCCUCUAGUCUGAGAGACCUGGACCUGAGUAACAACGACCUGCAGGAUUCAGGAGUGGAACAUUUUUCUGCUGGACUGAAGAGUCCACACUGUAGACUGGAAACUCUCAGUCUGUCAGGCUGUAUGAUCUCUGAGAAAGGCUGUGCUUCUCUGGCCUCAGCUCUGACCUCCAACCCCUCCUAUCUGAGAGAGCUGGACCUAAGCUACAAUCAUCCAGGAGACUCAGGAGAGAAGCUUCUGUCUGCUGGACUGAACUCACACUGGAGACUGGAGACUGUCAGGCUGGACCAUGGUGGACUGCAGAGACUGAGACCUGGUGUGAGGAAGUAUGUCUGUGAACUGGAACUGGACACAAACACAGUAAACAGAAACCUCAAACUCUCUGACAACAACAGGAAGGUGACAUGUGUGGAGGAGCAUCAGUCAUAUCCUGGUCAUCCAGAAAGGUUUAACUCCUUGCCUCAGCUGCUGUGUAGAACUGGUCUGACUGGUCGAUGUUACUGGGAGGUCGAGUGGAGAGGAGGAGUUGAUAUAUCAGUGAGUUACAGAGGAAUCAGGAGGAGAGGACGCAGUAAAGACUGUUUGUUUGGAGGGAAUGAUCAGUCCUGGAGCCUGAGCUGCUCUGAUGGCCGUUACUCUGUCAGACACAAUAACACAAGCACACACCUCUCCUCCUCUUCCUCCUCCUCCUCCUCCUCUGGUAGAGUAGCAGUGUAUGUGGACUGUCCUGCUGGCUCUCUGUCCUUCUACAGAGUCUCCUCUGACUCUCUGAUCCACCUCCACACCUUCAACACCACAUUCACUCAACCUCUUUAUCCUGGGUUUGGGUUUGGGUUUGGGUUUGGGUUCUGGUCCUUUGGUUCCUCAGUGUCUCUGUGUCCUCUGCAGGUCUGAGAGUCUCUCCUGUGGACAGAAACUCUGCUGACUGAAAUCAAAGUUCAGUCUGUUCACCAUCACUCACACUCUGCACUGUGAAGCAGAUCUGUCUCAGACUCAAACACAAAACAUUCAUUUGUCUGAUUUCAUCUCUUUGAUGAUCAACAUGUUUCACUAGAAACACUUCCUGAUGUGUAACAUCUGCCUCCUCCCUGGUGCUGUGAUUAAAAGUGACUCUGUGGGACACACUGUAUACAGCUGAAAGAAUGUAAAGUGUAUCAGCAGCACAGUGACAUCUGCUGCUUUAUAAACCUUACAGCAGCAUUAAUAUUUACCAAAAAUGUAUAUUUUAAGUAACAUUUCUUAAAUCCCAUGUCUUUUACUCUUACAUGUCUUUUAUAGUUUAUUGAUACAUUUUGCACCCUCUGGACACCUUU